AUGAAUAUCCUUGGCACUGUAAAUCUGGAUGAAGUCGCAGGCCGGCUUCUGUUAUCACAUCCUACCAGGAAACAAUCUCCAUCUGUCUCCCUUCAUGCUCUCCAGGUCCUGUCUGUAGUACUGAUCACAACUGUUAGCCAGGAGAUGACACAGGCUGUCACCAAUUGGGCUGCUCAGUGGAUUGAGAUUGCUGUCAGCGCUAUGCGUCGUCUGGAGAUAUUGACCGAUGAGCCAUGGAAGUCGCCUAAUGGCUCAUCGCCGGCAGACGACGAAGCCUGGGUUCGAGGAGAAGAGAGUAAAAGAUUCGUCUACACCAUGCUUCGCGUCGACGCCUAUCUUAGUCUCAUUACCGGCCGACCCCCAUCCCUUCGAGUUCAAGAGUUGGAGCUUCCGCUACCCGUCACAGAGAAUGUCUGGACAGCACCGACAAUCGAAGCCAGGCGACAGCUGUACUGGUUCGAGCCCGCUGGACGGACUUGGACCACACUGAGCGCCAUCGUUCGGGAUGGUCUUAUCCUGUCUCGAAAUAGGGUUGCUAGAACGGCCGGUGUGCCCCCUUUGCUAUCCACAGAUAGUCAUUUGGUUCUCUGCGCCCUCCAAGGAGAAAUUUGGGCGGUGGCACAAGAGACGUACGGCCUCAACCAUGGAACACUAGAUUCCAGACCGUCAUGGCAAGCACCCGAGUCUGUACAUUUCUGGCAUGAUUGUCUUGUAGAUUGGAAGACCUUUUAUGAUGGACUUGAACCGUCGAAGGCGCAAAUCGAUGACCCCGCAUGGAAUAGUCUCAAUCAAACUCAGUACCGCCUCUGCCAACUAACCCUCCACGCUCCUCUGCAGCUGCUCGAGUCACGACAAUGCUGCACGCGGUGUCGUGCUCCCGAAAUAACAACUAUGCUGCGCAGCUGGGCGUCUUCGUUGGAGAGCCGACGGGCGGUAUAUCAUGCCUCCCAGCUGCUGUGUCUCCAGGAUGGUUUUGCCAAUCCGCUACAGGCCCCAGCGCUCCUUGCCAGCUCUGUGGUAUUAUGUAAUUUUGCUGGGGAAAACAAUUCGUAUCCAGAUGGGAAUUCUAUCGAGCUGUGUCAGGAGGAAGUUAGUGGCUUAUAUGGUAUUGAAAAAUGGAUUCAACAUGGAGGGUCUUCCAUGGUCUCUGGACGAACACUCUGCCGGUCAAACUUACCAGAACUGUUCGCAUGGUGCCAGGAACGAUUGGCAAUGUUUCCGCAAAGCCUGGCAAGGAUGAAGACGUUAACGACGCUGUUAUCAUAG